AUGUGUAGUGAAGAUAACAAAGUUCGAAACCAUGGGGUGUGCAACUAUCUGGCUCUUUUCAAGUUGACAGAGCUACAAGUCGGUUGCGUUCUGUUACUUCAGUCAUGCCAUAUACAGUAUUUACAAGAUGAAGUGACAUUCUGGUAUCAAGAGUUUGAUCACUUUCUGUUGCCAUGGAAACAAACAGAGGAGCAGAUUGAUAUCAAUGAAGUAACAAAAAGCAUAAGACCUAAAUCUAUUUUAAAUAAGUUGAAACUACCGAUGGAAUUUAUUGUGAAUUUGUCCAAUUUAUCAGCUUCUGUCAUACAGCCUGAUGUCCCCGAAUUUUCCGCAGUUGCCAGCACUGUCCAAGCUAAGGCAUGUAUUGAAAGUGGUCAACAAAACAAUAUAAACAUAAAGGGCAAGAUCCAUGGUGAGCAGCUCUACUGUUAUGUUGGUGAGGCAGCCAAAUUCACCGGUCAUUUCUCAACCAAGAAACACUUAUGGGGAACACCAUAUGCAAUGCAUGCAAUUGAUAUACAGUAUUUCUCAUCCUAUGAGAGCCUCGAGUUGAAAGUGGACACUCAGUAUUUACAGUUAGAAUGUUCUAAUGAGAUUCUGGACGUCACCGAACAUAUACUAGAAACGUUUAAGAUGUUACGGGAAUCAGCGUCAUCGGCGUCACCGACUUCACCAACUAAGAAGAUUUUUAGUAGAAACAGAAAACUAGAUAUCCAAUUUACUUUGCAUGAUAUGAAUGGAUUUAUUUGCAGUUCUGCCAAUGAGUGUUUAAUGUUACGAAUGGAUAACCUAAUGGUGGUGUCUAAUUAUUCGAGAAGCGAGGCUGACUUAGAGGGCAUAUUAUUUACAAGAGUACAGAAAAUUCACAAGAGCCAUGACUGUUUCACAUUCGCUAAAAGUCCGAAGGGUAUUGUCAAUCUAGAAAGGUUGAAUUUGACACUUAGUGGCGAUCCUAAGGAAAUUGGGGUUGAGAUUUCCAGCAAUUUCUGCAUCCAGUGGACACCUACAGAUCACAUGACAAUGUAUCAUUCAAUUCAAGAGGUUCUACAACAUAUCACCAAUAUAAAAGAAAUCAUCCCUAAGUCACCGCAAAAAGAAUCUAAGUCUAUCAGCAGUAUUAGGUUACAUGUUCACCAAUUACAGUUUUAUUACACCAUAUCAAAAACACAGAGAAAUUUCAUUAAUGUAAAUAAAUUAACUGUGAUGAAGAAAGGGACAUCUGUGAAUAUAACUGCAACACAGAGUACAUUGCACUUUGAUGACUAUUCUAUUAUCGACAUAGAGAAUAUCAGUGUUCAAAGACAAAUUGAUAACGAACAUAUUCUUCGAGAAAGACAGACCUUUGACAGUUUGGUUACUACAACUAAUGCAGGAUGGAUACUUAAUAUGAAAAUAUUGGAUAUCAGUUUUCCGCAUCAAUAUAACUUUGCUGCCAACUGGGAUCAGGUAAUCAAUAUAUUCAAAUGGUUAAAGUCUGUGCAUAAACGUACAAAGAACAACACCUUAUCAGCUGAUAUGCUAAUUCAGAUACAGACGAUAUCUAUAAAAAUCUGUGAUGAUCCAUUUGAAGUGAAACUGGGUGACAAUUAUGAGUUAAUGAGAGAUGAACAUGCUGAAAGUGAUCACAGAAGAGAAUUAUUAAACAAUAAAGUAGCUGAGUUACGCCAGUCACACGGAGAAUUGCUGCCAGCCAAGAAGAUUGCUGAGUUGUACUACUCACUGGACAGAAAGCAUGUAGAUAUUUACAUGAAGAGAUCAAAACAACUUUACAAGACAUCACCAAUGAGGCAAACACUGUUACAAUGGAGUAUGAGUGGACUGGAGAUUACAGCCAUCUGUGAUGAAACACUACACGGGAAAGAUAACAUUGUUAAACAGAUGAGAGAUAUAGACAAUACCAGUCCUUAUCCAAGUGAUGGACUACAAUUCACAACCCUCUGGUGUCGAAUGGUACGUGGGUUUGUCAGACAAUUUGAUUUGAAACUACGAGAUUAUCCACAAAGCAUGUUAACAAUAAAAGAUUGGCAAUGGUGGGGUAGAUUGGUUGGUGCUGAACAAAUAGCCGCUCAGAGAGCCAAACGUGAAGGUGUCAUUAGUCUGGAUCCUCCAUGGUGUGACGCUAUAGUGCAGCGAAGUAUGCCCCCGUUGAAAUUCUUCCACGAUCUUAGUACAGAUAUGUCUUCCUAUACAUUGUCUUGGGGUUAUUGUUGGGAGAAUACAUGGGCGCAAGUUAAUCUUGCUAUGGACUUAAUCAAUAGGCCGUCUAAAGAUCCCAGUUAUCCAUUAUCUGCUUGGGAUAAACUUAGAUUAUUAAUCCAUGGUAGAUUAGUGAUGUCAAUGGAUCAGUUUACAAUCCUCUGGUUAGCCUCGUUUGAUCCCUAUAACACCAGGGAAGUACUGGAAUGGAAAUGGAAAAAUGUCUUCCUUGAUUGGACGAAUGCUCAUUUUCUGGUGAAAGGAGAUUUAGAUGUGUAUGUUCGAACACCGUCCAAGUAUGAUGACUGUCGUUUCUUCCAUCUCCCGAACUUUCGUUUAGAGAUUGAUUUAAAUUGGAUCUGUACUGGAGAUGCCAAUGACCAUCAUUCCGUAAUGCCUUGUGCACCGGACAAAGUACCGGAACAUUCUGAUAAGGGUCAUGACUCGUACGCUGCAUUCCGAUCGCAGAACGUUGAUGUUAACAUAUCACUGGAUGUACUCGGCACAAAGAAGGGUGACACACUUGGUGAUGUACCUUCCUCUCUGUUCUAUGCAAGUACUAUGAGAUGGUUACAGAACUUUCAGUCUAUUUUGAGGGAAGUAACACGACCUACAAAGCGAGGUAAACUAUUUAAGAACACCAAACCAAAGAAGCCAUUACUGAGCAGACACUACAGGUUUGUGGAGUUUAAUGUCAAGUGGCCCCAAGUAGUUGUAUCAUACUGGGCUUCAUUUGCUAAGCAACAUGGGAUAGAAGUCAACCUAGGGUCUGGGUCAUUUGGUUUGAAGACGAUAAGAACUUUGACAACAUUCACUGAUGGAUUGGUCAGGAGAAAAGAGGCAAGUUGGACUAUAAUAAAUUGUGCAAGUGAUAUCGGUGAGAGCCAUGUGUAUUUAUGUACAACUAAAAACCAAGAUAAUCAGCAACUGACACUGAUGAGAAGAUCUAUUGAUAAGAAUGAUUUCUUAAGUGUUCUCAGAUUAGUCUAUGGCAGACAACAAGUGGACAAUAAUGAAAGUGGUGAACCAUCAAAUCAGUUAAAGGAUUAUGUGCAUAAGUUAGUUGUAUAUGAUCUAAGAGCUGCCUGGACGACAAAUAACAGAGAUGUAGUGUUUGGCUUAUAUGACCAGUAUAAUAAAGUACAGAUGUUAAAACACAACUUAUCUACUGCAGCUGUGAAAGUGAAGAUGGAGAGUAACGCUAAUACACCCAUCUCCCAAAAAACUAAUCGUAGUAGUUCUGUUACACCAAGCCCCGUUACACGGUUACAGUCCGGACACGGAGAUACAAUGUUACAACAAUUACUUUCUGAAGCUGCGACUAAAUUUGUCGCGUUCUCCGAUUCAGAAGAGUCUGCUGGUAUUGGAGAACAAUUAUAUGGUAUAGCGGCAUGUAGUACUGAUGAUAUAUUAUUGCAAAAUUGGAGAAUUGAAUUUAUCAAUAGUCAAGUGAUGCUUAAAGGCUGUGAGACAUCGGGCUAUGUGAUCGUCAGUGCCCAGAGAGCUCAAGUAUUGCAAUCGUUACACGAGCCAACAUGGAGGGACGGUAAGGUUACAAAUAAAACAACCUGGAAAGGAACGCUCGAUAGCAUGCAGUACUUUGCCACAGUAGACCAAGGUCUGUCAGAACGUCAUGAGAUACCGUGGCUAUCAGUGUCUAACAUAGAAGAGAGAUCGUCUGUGUCGACUAUUGGUAAUGUCGCGGACAUGGUUGGUAGCGGUCAGUCUGCGGGUGGUAUCGUUAGCAACACUGUUGGUGCUACUUCAUCUGUUAUGGAAGACCAAUCCGCCGUCCAGUUACAGAGAAUGAUAUCACGAUGUAGUUGUCAGUUUUUUUAUGCGAGUUAUACGGCAGAUAUUGAUUCAGAACUUGCCACACAAGCACAUUCGGAUUUAAAUUGCAGUACUGAUAGUGAUCUACUAAGUAGAGAGGAGGCUGUCGAUUCAUUUACAUUAUUACAUCAUGAUUUAAAUAUUUGUACAAAUUCAUCUCAGUAUGCCAUGAUUUUAGAUAUUGUUAAUAAUUUAUUACUUUAUGUGGAACCAAAGAGAAAAGAAGCAAGUGAAAGACUUCAACGAACUAAGUUUCAAAUGCAAUUGACAAGCAUCGAAGAUCAGCGGAGUCCUUUAUUGCAGUUACAAGACACUGUCAGAUUUCUACUAUCCAAUUUACGCAAAUUAGAAAGAGAACUUUAUCUGGUACAACGAGAACUUGAAGACAAUGCUAACGAUGCUAAUUUACUGCAAGAGAGCACUGAUCUAGAACAACAGUUAAAUGACUGCAAGGAAAGUUUAUUGAACUCAAGUGAAGAUCUCAGGAUUAUGGUCAGUUGUUUUAAAGAAAGCCAACUACAAAAUAAAAUACAACUACAACCAAAACGAGAGGGGAGUAGUAGUGUUGUUAGAAGAGCUGAAGUAUGCUUUGCCAGUGCAAGAUGGAAACUGACUGAAGAAGAUGGACAGUUAGCACUUGCUGAUAUGGAACUUAGACAAUUUAAGCUUUUUAAAACGAUGAUGACUUUCUUCUUUCCUGGGAGAAACAUUGAACCACAAUCAGAGUCCAUCGUUGCUGAGGACCAGGUUUUCUUACAAAAACCAGGAUUUGAUGAUGAUUUGGAAUCUAUUGGACAAGGACUACAUAGGACUGGUAGUAUUAGAUCUACAAGUAGUGAUGACUCUGUAUCCACGACAACAAGUGGAUCUGUCUCUACACCAUCUAAGACAUCAAAGAAAAAGAAAAUAGCAGUUCCCAAAAUUCUGAUGAGUACUAAUGCUAUAGACAAGAUGAGAGAGAGGGCCGCUAGUAACAUGUUCCUGUACAUAAAGAUUCCAGCAGUGCCUCUUUGUGUCAGUUACAAGGCUAUUAAAGAGAAGUUGAAGAAUAAAAAGCAGCAGAGAAGGAAGUGGGUUAACAGAUGUAUCCACAAGGUUACAAUACAACCAACGGAGAAGUCAAGCAAGAAAGCACUCUUUACAAAAUCUACAAAACAUUGA